GAGGGAGAGUAGGGAUGAUUAUUGAUAUCCGAUAAACGUGAGAGGGAAGGCUUUAGCAGCGCCGAGAGAAAAUGGGGUUAUUCGAUCGUUUAGCGAACCUUUUAGGCCUUAGGAAAAAAGAAGUAAACGUUUUAGUAGUGGGCCUUAACAACAGUGGUAAGUCGACGGUCAUAAAUAAUUUCAAACGCGAGGAUGACCGUUGCAUAGACAUAGUGCCCACUGUCGGGUUUAAUGUCGAAAAAUUCGCAUUUAAGAAUGUCAGUUUCACCGCGUUCGAUAUGUCGGGUCACGAUCGUCAUAGACCAUUGUGGGAGCAUUAUUACAAAGAUUGCCACGGGAUCAUCUUCAUAAUUGACAGCAGCGAUAAAUUACGACUGGUUGUCGUGAAGGAGGAGCUGGACAUGCUCCUGCAGCAUCCCGACGUGGCAGUGAACGUUUCAGGACGCAAGCUACCCAUCCUCUUCCUGGCGAACAAGAUGGACCUGCCGGAUUCCUUGACCACCGUAAAACUUGUCGCAGGGCUGGGACUCGAGCGAAUACAAAAUAAGCCCUGGCACAUACGGGCGACGAACGCGUUGACCGGCGAGGGUCUGCAGCCGGCGAUCGAAUGGCUGACGGAUCAAAUACGCGAUAUAUACAUCAAUAAGAGAUAAACUGCGUCAUUGUACGUUUUGCAACGAGAUGCGACUGGCUGUCGACGAAGUUUCUCGUCCGAAGUUCCUGUCGUGUCUUAAAAUCGAUUUAUAAUCGAUAUAUCUAUAUAGCAUAAUUUAUAUACGUCAAUUACAGCUGUGUUUCCCACGUGGCGUUCCCCCGAGAUGCGAUCCUGCACCGCGAAAUAAAAUUUCGUAAAAUUAUUAUAGAGAUAGAUUCGUUACAAAACGGCCUAAUAGUUUUGCGCUGGAUCUGCGUAUUUAUUGCGUAAAGGAGCGAUAUAGAAAAUUCCGCGUUCUUUAAUCCAAGCGCAAGAAUCUUGUGGCGAAGUUCAAUUGGGAAACAUCGUUGCAAACUCAAUGUAAUUCCGUCCAGAAAAGUGCGUAGAGAAACGUGCAUUGUACAUACAUACAUAGAACAAUAUGUAUACGUUAAGAAUGGCUGAUACAACGUGAUUAUACAAUUUAAUCGCCAUAACAUUCGACAUGCUGUUUCAAGAUUAAUUUCAUAAUUAGCAAGCUUUACAGAGACAUGUACUUAAUUUAUUAUGAUAUACAAAAUAAAUGCUAAUGAAAUUGCACAACA